AAUAACCUAUUACUCCUGAAUUAGUGAAGACUGCGUUUAGAAAGACAAUCCGUGUAAAGUGGUUUUGGGUUUUUAGUGCCACUGUAAUGGGCCUGCUGAUACUAUCCUCUACACAGAUUAGGCUCUACUGAGUGCAAUGGAAGAUGCACUGACACUCUGAAUAUAUUAGUGUAAUCGGUGUAGAAAAAGAUAAUCAGCAGCAUCGGCAGGCCUACGAACAUGUACUGAAACACACACAGCACAACCAAUGGUUGUUUACUGAUAUUAAAAAGAAAAGACCGAGCAGAAAACAUGCAAGAGUGCAACAUCACAAGGGCAGUUGCAUGUUGAUAGGCCUGCUGCCGUUUAUCUUUUUCUGCACUGAUAACACUUCUCAGUUCACUGAGUGUCAGCGCAUCACCCACUGCACUCGGUAAAGAGAUUGGCCUAAUCAAUGCGAAGGAUAACAGAUAGUAUCGGUGGGGCCCCCCCAUAAUAAGGGCACUAAAAAACAAAACCAGUUUACACGGGCUAAGUAGUAUUUCAAAACAGUCUUCGCUAAUUCAGCAGUGUUAUUUCUAAAUUCAGUCUUCAGUAGUUCAAUAAUAGGUUAUUAGAAGAGAAAAUUGAGAUCAGUGUCUUUACACCAGAACAGCAGCAUUGGUACAUCAGUGUCUGGUCACGAAUUUCCCUUCCAUUCCAGCUACAACUUGCAAAGUUCAGUCUUCGGCUCCUUAAGAAUACAAUUUAGUAUGUCUGACAAGAUUAACUCUGCCUGAGCAAAUGCAGUCAGAAUCCACAAGGUCAAAGCGAGCUGGUGCAAGAACUUGCAUAUUUUAAAAACCGUAUGAUAAAUUAGACAUGCUUUACAUGGAGCACUUGAAUGAGUCGAUCAGAAGGACCUACUCCGAUGACUCGGAAUGUUUGUCCAAAAAAAGCAUUGUUUCAGGAUCCCUUUAAUAAAGCAUGCUUCGUAAUGUGGAGUGUAAAGAAGCUUGCUAAUGUGAAUGCCACAUGAGUGUCGCCCCCCGCCUUUCGUAUCCGCAUCCUUUCGGGCUUGUCACCCUUUAUGGAGAGUGGCACUUUUGGUAGUGUGGAUGGGCAUUUUACUAAUGAAGCUGAAGUGAUUUUUCUUUAGUGUUUCUUAACGUUUCAAGGCAACACUGCCUUGAAAUUCCAGCAUCUACUUACCCAGGUGUAAUCAUUUUUGACUGCAAGUGCUCGGCACACCCAGGCAAUCUUUAUCUGUACAGACUAACCACAUCGUACUUCAAAUGAGCUGAAGACAAGCAUGAACGUUUACUGCACACAAACAGGCCUAGGUUAAAGAAAGCACAUAGGCCUUCAUGACGUCCGCUGCGCUGGAGUUUCAGUGCAUAAUUACAUGGCUGUCUAGCCUUCACUUUCUUUUCUAGUAAUUGCCUUAUCACAAUAAUAAGAGGCUUUUCAAAAAAUGCUUUAACGGUGUAAACUGAUUUACUGUUUCUUUUUAGUGCCUAUUGAAUGCAUUGCCUGCACAAUUUCACGUUCCAUUAGAUUUUCCCGGUGCUUCCACAAAGGUAAACUGAGAGCUGCUUUUUGUCAGGUGUCUGCAGUCCUGCCUUUCAUAUAGGCUUUCACAAGAAAACACAGCCCGAGGUUUUGUGCUGCAAGGAACUGGCCAGUGCAUGACGCAUCCAAACAAGUGCAACCUUCAGUACACGGAUUGACAUGCCACCCACUAUUAUAUUGCGGAGGAUGAAGGCAUGCACUGCCAAAGAAUACCACGCAUUAUCUUUAGUCCAUUUCCCUGCAAGAUGUUCACAACCCUCAUGGUUUGGUUCAUUUUCCCGGAACUUAGCAAGAAGGAAUGUGAAUCUCUGGAAGCAGAAGCUCCUUACUGCACCUUUCAUAUUUGAAACUAGCAUUUUUCUGCAGAAGAGUCAUUUCAACUCAAGAGUGCAUUGCAGACUUCGCCAGUAGAAUUGUGACAAGCACAUGUCUGUACCCAGACGCCACCCUGGCUGUCAACCUCAAGACGUUAGAAAAUAGGGCGAAAACAAAACGCAAGCAGUAAACAUUGCCCUGAAUGAAUUCCACCAUCCCUUUCAUGGCUACACUAACUAGAUACCACAAAACAUGCUUGCGUAUGUACAGGAACCAGUUUGUGCAAGGGGACAACUUCUAUGGUUUACUAUUGCAAUGUAGCGACAAAGCAGUCUCUUGAGUGAUGCGAUACGUCUACAUUAGCUUGCCAAGCUGCAACUUAUGCUCCCAUAUUCAAAAAAGGUUCCUGAACUCGACUGAAGUGGAUGGAAGCGCUGCCCACCUACAAAACUGGCAACUGCACUUCGUUGCCAAUCAACAGCAAUUCUUGAGAAGUGUAGUCUAGUGGAGCACAGGCAAUAGGGAUGGGCAUCGCAGUGAAAGUCAACUUGUGUUGCACUAGGAUUUGAAAGGAACGAUUGGGUGUCCAGACUACCCACAACAUCGAGCCUGCUUUAAGCUGGCUACGAGCGAGACCUUCAGCUUGGGACUGGAAUCCAACAUAAAAUCUAUGCAGUGGUAUGGCGCACGACAGCUAACCGAUAUCCUCGAGAUAAUCGGUGCUUUCUAGAAUUGCUAAGGUGCGAGGCUGGAUAAAAAUGUAAUGAGAUGCAAAAUAAGGCCUAAAGAGAGAAAGGAUGGUAAUGAUGUGGAUUUGAGCACUGGUGUAGCCGAUGAGAUCGCGAGAAAGCGUUUGCCAGGUCACGUAUCGAGCAGAUACGUGGUCCACUGGGAGUGACAGAACGGGUGAACGCAGUCGAGGACGUGAUGGGAUUAGGAAAUUUCCAAGAAUACAGGAGCCACCGACACGAGUUUGCUGGCCUUGCAGUGGACCUGCCGCACUACACUGGCAAACGGACGCACUGCCAGGAAAAAACGCGUUGCCCGACGACGAUUAUCACCUCCCUCCACGUGCAUACAGACAACGAUAUCACCAGGGCCGCCCGCUCCCUUCGAAAGCAAUGCGCGACGCCUGCACUUGGCCCAGUACCACAGAAACAGCUGCGCGAGCCAGGCGGUUGCCAAAGCUCGACCCGCCAGAUGUGGCCGAUUGCGAUCCCGAGCGAGUCAAUCGGAAGCAAAACAUCCGCGGUGUUCCGCCGACUUUUUGCCCCCGGGGAUGCAGCUGACAGCGCACGUGUUUGGAGAAGAGCGGCAGGGCGCGCGUCAAAGCGCCCUGGUGCGGAUGAAGGGAAGGGCGUCAAUCGAGUUUCCUGUCCCCACCCAAAAGAUCGCUCGGCACGAAAGUCAUCACCCCCCCCCAUCCCGCGAGAUAAGCUAGCGAGCGCCACUUACGAUGAUAGCACGCGAUGCGUAAACGGGGCGCCUGAGUCACAUUCGCGACCUACGUCGGCCCGCGGCACCCCCCACGCGAUCGGUGAACCGACACGAGAGGUUCGGCGUCUGCUGCAAAGAAUGCGAGCCGUCGGCCACGUGCGUGAGGCAGGGGCGACGUCGAGUGGCUCGCGAAAGGAAGCGCUAGGUGCGGCACCGCCCUCGCACCGGAAACGGCAAGGCCGUUCAAAAAGACUGCGUUGCUUCGACAACGGAACCUACAGAUCGCUCCGCGGACAACGCGAAAGAGGCGGAACGCCGACGCUUCUCUCAAACACCUGCGGGCGGUAUGCGCACACAAACGACACCGAGCGACGGACGCCGGUGGGCGAAAAAAGGCAUCGCCGCGACGUCGGUGCGGGAGAAUAGCUGCUCCGCCGUCCGGCCGAUCGAAGGCUCCGAGAAGGGAAGAAAUAUGGGAGAAACUGGCUGGCUGCUGCUGCGGCUGCACGGGGUGAAAAAAAGAGGAGGAGACAAGAACGCAGACAACGCGUCAAUCGCUCCCCGAAAAAAGUGACGACGGCGCUGCCGCACUUCGGAUCACAAGAAGUCGGCGGGGGAGGUGUGUGUAUGGAGACGAGUUCGAAGCACCCUGUCCGCGGAGAAGUCGAAACGGCCGCCCGCGAUUCCGCCGAUUCUCUCACCCCCCUCGCGGAAGAAGCGUAGGGGGAGGAGGGAGUGAGGCCUGCGGAAGAAGAGCCGUCGCCCACGCACUGCACUGUUGGAACCGAGAGGUAGGAACGCCACGAGGCGGUAACCCCCGCAUGGUCCAGAAGGCGCACGCAAGAACGCGGAAAGCAGGGCGCCAAGUUUUUCUUCGCACGAGGAAAUGGAAGAAAAAAAAAAAAAAAAAAAAAAGCCGCGCGCGCCC